AUGAAAUUUGGUUUGCCAGACAAUUUUGAAGUCGUCGUAGAUGUGUCAUCGAAACCAGCAAAUCAAAUCACAUUAUCUUUGAUUAAGCCAUCACGACCCAAGAAUACUUUCAAUGAUGUUUUCAAAAAAACUUGCAAUGAUAUAGAUGAAAACACACUAGACUUCAUAAAGUUCAAGCAAAAUGAGAUCAAUGAAAGAGUUGACACGUUGCAGUCAAAAAUGAAGUCUCGGGAAGCUCAAGCCGACGCAAAUAUAACACAUUUAAUUCAAGACUUUAAUAGCCAACUAAGGAUUCAGAAUGAACAAGUAGAGGAAUUGAUCAGAAAAGAAAAAGAAAGAAUACGUUUGGAACUAGAGAGAAAGAGAAGAGAAGAGGAAGAAAGACGACGCCGAGAAGAGGAGGAACGCAGACGCCAAGAAGAAGAAGAAAGGAGACGCAAGGAGGAGGAAGAAAGGAAACGAAAAGAAGAAGCAAAGAGAUUGGAAGAGGAGGAACGUAAACGUAAAGAGGAAGAAGAAGCUAGAAAGAAGAGAGAGGCAGAAUUGAAGCGGCAACAAGAAUUGAAAAUUCAAAGAGAAAAGGAAUUGUUAGAACAGAAGAAGAAAGAACGAGAACUGCGUUUUACUACAGACUAUAAUCAAAUCGAGAAAACAUUAUACAAGUAUAAACAAGAUAUACAGGAUAUAAAGAACAAUGUCAAAUUAAAAUUGAAUGAAGACCCAGACUUGAAAAAACAAGUGAACCAAUACAAACGAAAAAUCAAUCCCAAGUUUGGUCAAUUAUCUAACUCAUUAUCUCAAUUCAACAAAAUAAGUACUGAAGUGAUUGGAAUGAUCAAAGCAGUCGAGACCAAUGCCUUAGUAUUUAAAUGGGUAUUGAAUUUCACUGCAAAGGCAAUAAUAGAUCAAGCAGAAACUGAAGUCAUUGUUAGACCGAACUCAGCUGUCCCAUUAGCUAAACUAGCAUAUGCCAUAUUGCAGGCAAUUCCAGAUUUUGAAUAUUAUUUAAACGCAAGAUUUAUAAAAAAGUGUCCAUAUAUCAUAGGGUAUAACUGUUCCAUUGAUUCAGAAGAAGGUAGAGAAAGGAUGGGAUGGAAACGUCCUGAUGGUAGCAAAUGGGAAGAAGAAACGAAAUAUGAUGAAAGAAUGGGUGGUAUAGUCAGUGUUUGGGCAGCCAUGACCACUAUUACUAACCAUGGAUCACAGAAAUCUUUAUAUUCGUUUGAAGCAUCAUGGCAGUUUUUAGCUAGAACGGCCAACUUACAAACAAGCAUGUUAGUUAAUACCCAUUUCACAAUUUUGGGAAAUUGGUGGGAGGCUGCUGGUGCGAGCUUCUUAGGUGUUUACGGCAAUCAAAGUCAAAAACUAAUGUACAUUGUCGUAGUCCAACUAACUGACGUUGUGGCUUCGAAAAAAUUUCCAUCUGCUGCCAGAUUGAGAAUUAUGGGUGAAGAAUGGGUUACUAGGCGACAAAUUCAAUCUCUAAAGGCAAUGGAAUAUUAA